AUGGCCUGCGAUUUCCCCCCACCUCCUGGGAAAGAACUGCCCCAAGUCCUGACCCAGCGGAAGCUUCAGGGCUCCCAACCGCUGCAGCGCCACUCAAAAGAAACAUUUUCUCACAAAUNAAUUACUGAGAUUACAAUAUUAACAGUCAUGGCAUAUGACAGAUAUGUAGCCAUAUGCAGACCUUUGGAUUAUCAUUCCAAAUUAACUAAAAACAAAUGUUUGAAAUUAAUUCUGUUGUCCUGGAUUAUACCUAACUGCUACACAGUUCCAGCAGCCCUGUUAUCAAGCUUGAGGAUACUUUGUAAAUAUCACAUUGACAAAUUGUAUUGUGACAACUGGUCAAUUGUAAAACUGUCUUGUGCUUCAAGUUUUGUUAAUAAUAUUUUUGGAUAUUUUAUUAUUGUCACAUGUUUAUCUUUUGUGGUUGUUAUCAUAGUGUCGUACAUUAAGCUCAUCGCUGCAUGUAAAGCAUCUUUAGAAAACAGAAAAAAUUUUUGGCAAACAUGUUUGCCACAUUUACUGUUACUUAUGAAUUUUGUUUUUUCUGUACUUUUUGAUGUCAUGUAUAGCAGAUAUGGUGCAAAUGAUAUUCCAGAGAGUGUGCGUAAUUUUUUGGCUUUAGAACUGAUUAUAGUUCCUCCUGUUGUCAAUCCUCUAAUCUAUGGAUUAAAUAUUAAGGCGGUGCGCAAAAGAGCUUUUCCCUCUUGUCCUGUUUCAAAAAUACAUGUUUCAGAAGCUCAAAAAAUGUGUAAAACAUAA